UGCUCUUCAUGUUAUUCUGUCAUGCAUUAUGCACCUUUAUGCAAUUCCGUGGCUAAUACCGAUUUCGUUGAUGGGUUGCAUAGUACCGGAUUAUUUCAGUUGAGUGGUAUUGCAAAUCAAUCUGGGCGUCAAUUGGAUCUGGUCUUCGCAAACCUUGCCGCAACCAAUAUUUUGUGCGACUCAAUCACACCUCUGCACUCUGUGAAUGGUACUUCGGCUCUAGAGAACUUCCUCCCAUACGUAACACACUGUAGUAUUCCACUUCUCAGUGAGGACUUUCAUCAUCCUUCAUUGGAUAUAAUGAUUUAUUAUCCCGUACAACUAUCCCACACCACCAACAGUCACACUCGCAGUACAGUCUAUAGAAAUUUCUUCAAAACGAAUGUGGAACGUAUGAAUGCCCUUAUUGUGUCGUUUGACCGCAAUUUUGACUGCUCCAACUUUUCCACUAUCGACGAAGCCACCGAUUGCUUUAGCGUUUUUAUGCGCUCAGCGAUUAAUUCCUGCGUUCCUGUUGCUCAACGAAAGUCUGGCCCCGAUUGGUCUAAUGCAUCUUUAAGACGGUUGAAAAAAAUAAAAUCAAAAGCCUACGCGGAUUACAGUAGAACGAGAUCAUCGCUGCAUAGGAGAAUUUUUUUCGAUGCACUGAACAAUUAUCGUCGACAUAAUCGUGUGCUCUACCGCUCCUUCAUUCGCCGUACUGAAAGGCAGCUGUUUUCUAAGCCGACACGGUUCUGGAGCUUCUGGAACAAACGGCGCAAUAUAAGUAGUAUCCCUCCGUCAAUGAGCUACAAUGGCCAAACUAGUAUCGAUAAAUCCGAUAUUUGCAACACUUUCGCCAAUUGUUUCGUUGAUGCAUUCACCCUUCCUGUUCACAACCCUAACACACUAGCAGAGGCCACUCGCAAUACUCCAUCGGAUGCUAUCGAUUUUAUUAUACCCACAAUUGACGAAGCAUUAGUUGCGCGCACACUCAACGAUAUAAAACCAUCUACAUCAUCUGGACCUGACAAUAUUCCCGCAUACAUCUGACAAUAUUCCCGCACUGCCGUCAAUCACUCGCACCCAUUCUUGCCAAAAUAUUUAAUGAUUCCCUUAUGCGUGGCACGU